UAGCUAGGGGAGGUUUGUUACUGUUGCAAGUUACUGAGUACUAUAUAAACCAGUUGGCUAAGCUACUGUUCCGUCUGGACUCAGAGCUAGAAUAAAGAGCUGGUUGUUUUGAGAGCUGUGUCUUCAUCCUUCUUACCCACUAUUCUACAAGAAGAAAUUCCAGUGAUGAGACACUGCCAUGGACAAGGCCCACCCUCAUGUCUAUCACUUGCUGGUGGAAGUCUAAGGAGGUCUCCCCAGCAGAUAUACUCAAUACUUCCGGGGCUCCUUAAUCUUUGUAUUUUCAUUUAUAUUCUAUUAUAACUCCUCUGUCUUGCCUCCUCUUGUGCUACUGUUCUAGAUAAUGGCUAUCAGAAGCAGGAAAUUCCAGGACUUUGUAUCUGAGCCUAUGGGUGACAAACCUAUUAUAGUAGUGGAUGGCAUAAAUGAGGAGCUUGGAGCAAGACUAGCAGCAAAGGGCUUUGACAAGGCAUACAUCCUCCUGGGCCAGUUCCUCCUCUUGAAGAAGGAAUGUGCUACAUUUCAAAAGUGGCUGAAGUUAUCCUAUGGAGCCAGUAGCUUCCAGGCUGAGCGCUGUGCCCUCUGUCUCUUGGAGUGGUGCUUCACAUUCCUGUAG